AUGGCGAGUCAAAAUAAACGUCCAGCUAUCGAAGAGUUAGAAUCUGAAACCUCAAAUAAUAAAAAAUCUCGCAAUUUAAUAAGUCCUCUUCCUUCUUGGUUAAAAGAUUGGCAAUGGUUGGAAUAUCUUGAAGUUAACGGAUCUCUAUAUAUGUUCUGUAAAUGGUGUAAAGCAGCAAAAUAUGACAAUAUAUUUACUCGAGGAACUAAUAUUUUUAAAAGAGAUAUUGUUAAACGACAUGAUGAAAAAGAUCAAAAACAUCAAAAAGCCAAACAACAGUUUUUACAUUUGUCAACUUACCAGUUAGAUAAUGAGGAUAUAAAAAUUAUUCAACAAAUGAAAUGUGUUUAUUUUGUGGCAAAAAAACAUCUUUCAUUUAAUAUCUAUUCUGAUUUAUAUUGUUUAAUUGCAAGUAACAACUAUAUUUCAUCAGAACCUCAAUCUCUUAAAUUUGCUUUACAAGAAACUAUUGAGCCAAAAAAUUAUGGUACUUAUUUAAAUCCAGCUGCAGCCCGAAAUUUUGCAAAAGCAAUCGUUCAUACAAUUGAAACAAGCCUUAUUACUGAGAUUAAAUUAUCGAAAAGUUGGAGCUUAAUGAUUGAUGAAAGUACUUCGAUAGAUGAAAAGCAUUUAGUAAUUGCUUCACAACAUAUGGCAUUUAAUACACCUAUUAUUCGUUAUAUAGGCUUAAUUAAAUUAGAAGAUUGUAAAGCAGAAAGUAUUAUGGAAAAUUUGGAAAAUUUUAUAGCAGAAAAAAAUUUAAAUAUCAUUGAUAUUAUGCAUUUUGGCAGUGAUGGUGCUUCUACGAUGAUUGGACAAGAUGCAGCAAAAAUGGUUCCAUAUUUUAUAGAAUAUGAAGAUAUUUACAAAUCUCUUUAUAGUUAUUUUAGUAGUUCUUAUAAGCGAAUGGUAAAUUUAAAGAUGAUUCAAGAAAUUAACGAAGAUCCACAAUUGAACUUAUUGAAUAUUAUCAAUACUCGAUGGCUUUCAAUAUCAAAUGCUGUUAAAAAUUUACACCAAAUUUUGGAUUCAAUUAAAGAUGCUUUGAAUUAUGAUAUAAUAAAUGGAAAUAAGCAAGAUAAAAAAAAAGCAGCAGAUUUAUUAGAACAUUAUAUUUCAAUUUCGGAUGUUCAAUUUAAUUUGGAAGCAACAAUUUCAGCAAUUACAACACAAUUUAUUGGAUACGAUAAUAUUGCACCAACUUAUGGAAUAUUCUUACAAACUUAUAUAAUCGAAAACUUUAUAUCUUUAGAACAUCUUCCUUUAUCAAUAACUAGAUUUGCUAUAGCAAUAAUUCAAAAUCUUAGAUCUCGCUUUCCAAAUACAACUUUAUAUAAUGCGAUGAAAAUAUUUGAACCAAAUUUAUUACCUUUAGAUAAUUUGUCAACUUAUGAAGAUAUAGAGAUUGAAAUAUUAGCUGAUUUUUAUG